CUACCCCUGGAGUAAAGCAGUUCAGGAUGGAGUUAGCCAAAAGAAACAUCGAAAAUAUUCUUACUGAAGAAGGACGCCGGCAAAGGAGACAACAGGAGGCCCGGAGAACAGGUGGAGGGCCAAGCGUUCAUCCUAUUCCAGAACCGGACCCUGAGGUCUUCAGGUCUGAUGUGAAAAUCAGAAACAAAUUUGGUCCAGUGAACAUUGGAGAUACAACAUUUCCCUCUAGACCCUUAAGCCUCAACCUGUCAGUUGAAUAUGAGGAGGAGAGGAGAUUGAGUUCUCCAAGGAUACCCAGUAUACCCCAGGAGGAGGAGGAGCAUGACUUGCUGAGCUCAGCAAAUUCUGAAGGAAAUUUUUCAUUUUAUUCAUAA